CCGCGUCCUUCCCCACCCUGUGACAAAAUCAAACGGGAUUUUGCCAGUCCCGGGGCUGGAAAUGCAGCCGAUGUCACCCGCGCUGGGCUGGCUCAGGAUGUCGCAUCAGGACGGUCAUUUCCUGCCCGGGAAGCGGCCACCGAGCCCACCCCGAGCUCCGUGCCCAGAGGCGUCGGAGCUGCCGAGCCGAGAGGAUCCCCCCGCUCCAGAACGGCCCCAGCGCAGCCGCCGCCACCAGGAUGGCCGAGGUGACAACCACAGUCCCCACGGAGACACACGCUGUCCCCAACGAGUACAUGGACUACCACAACCUCUCCGAGCUGUUCCAACUCCUGAACCACACCUACACCUACUGCGAGUUCAGCCUGGACGAGAACGUCAAGCGGGUGGUCCUGUUCAUCCUCUACCUGGUCAUCUUCGUGGUGGGCCUGGUGGAGAACCUCCUGGUCAUCUGGGUCAACUGGCAGACACGGGGCAGCAAGAGCUUGGUCAAYGUGUACGUCAUCAACAUGGCCAUCGCCGACCUCGGCGUGCUGCUGUCGCUGCCCGUCUGGAUGCUGGAGGUGAUGCUGGACUACACCUGGCUCUGGGGCAGCUUCCUCUGCCGCUUCACCCACUACUUCUACUUCGCCAACAUGUACGCCAGCAUCUUUUUCCUCACCUGCCUGAGCGUGGAUCGCUACGUCACCCUGACCAGCUCGUCCAUUUUCUGGCGUCGGCACCAGCACCGCGCGCGCCGCGCCGUCUGYGCUUUCUGCUGGCUCCUGGCUGCCUCCAUCCCCUUCCUGGAGGUGGCUCACAUGCAGCUGGUCAACACCGGCGAGCCCAUCUGCAUUUUCAUGGCCCCAUUUGAGACCUACGAUGAGUGGGCGCUGGCGGUCAGCUUGGCCACCACCACCGUGGGUUUCCUGAUCCCUUUCCCCGUCAUGGCCGUGUUCAACGCGCUGACGGCGCGGUUCGUCCGGCGCGCCAAACCCGAGAGCCGAAAGCACUGCCUGCUCAUCUACGCCUACAUCGGGGUUUUUCUGCUCAGCUGGCUGCCUUUCCACGUGGUGCUGACGCUGCUGACCCUCGAGGGAAACCACAUCGUCCUGCACUGCACCUUCGCCCACUUCCUCUACUUCUUCUACGACGUCAUCGACUGCUUCACGCUGCUCCACUGCGUCGUCAACCCCAUCCUCUACAAUUUCCUCAGCAARAACUUCCGUGGAAAACUCAUCUCCGCCGUGGUCAAGUACAUCCCCAAGGACCACGGCGGCCAGAAGGGCGUUGGUGGCUCCUCGUCCAGCACGCAGCACUCCAUAGUCAUCGCGAAGGACAACAACCUUCCCAAUUAAGGGUGGGUUGGACUCUCCCAAAAUCGUGGUGGCUCCCUGGGGAUGGUGGAAUUGGUUUUUCAGGUGAUGAGGAGAUAAAUUUUGUUGGACACGGCCCUUCUUGGCCGGGCAGGAUGAGAUGCCAGGUUUGAGGCAAGCUGGUGGCUUUGGACAUCUUCCCUCUGCUGUGUCCAAAGAAAAGAUAAGAGAAAAAAGAAAUUCCUUUUUUUUCCAAAUGAAACCAUUGCGGUAAUAAAGCGCGUUUGCUCUG